UAGAUCGUCGCGAAGAUGGCGGCGGCCGCUGAGGACGGGAGGGAGGCUCCUGCCGGCUCUGAACCCGAGCCCGAGGCUUCAAGGCCGAUGGAGCAUCGUCCCAGUACCCGCUCCAACCCCGAGGGCGCGGAGGACAGGCAGGAUCCUCCUGGGCAAGGGGCACAGGCCGGCGGCAGCAGGGAAGGCGAUGGGGAGGCCGGGACUGAGAGCCCGGGGACAGGGGGAAGGACCAGGAGCAGCCGCAGGAGGCCCCAGGAGCAGGAGGCCCAGGGUCACAGCCUGCCCCCGUUCCAACCCCAACCCCAAAAUCAAUCCCAAUACCAAGGCCAGCCCCAAACCCAAGCCCAGUCACUGCCCCAGUCCCAAUCUCAAACCCAAUUCCUGUCCAAGACCCAGACCUUGACCCAGUCUCAAAGCCAACCCCAAUUUCAAAACCAGUCCACGACCCCAGGGCAGCCGUCGUUCUUGCCCCAAUCCCAGAGUCAACCUCAGUUUCAGUCUCCGCUCCAGCUACCGACACAGUUCCAGAGCCAGACUCUGUCUGAGAUUCACAUCAGGACUCCAAAGGUUAACUGCCCAGAGAAAGUGAUCAUCUGUUUGGACCUUUCAGAAGAGAUGUCACUGCAGAAGCUGGAUUCGAUGAAUGGUUCAAAAACAAAUGCGUUAAACAUUGCCCAGAAAAUGAUCGAAAUGUUUGUCCGGACAAAGCACAAGAUCGACAAACGUCAUGAGUUUGCUCUCGUGGUGGUUAAUGAUGAGGUGACCUGGUUGUCUGGAUUUACCUCAGACCCCCGGGAGGUAUGUAGCUGCCUGUAUGACCUGGACACGAAUAUCUGUGAAUCCUUCAAUCUGGAUGGACUAUUUAAACUAAUACAGCAGAAGAUUGAGUUGCCAGUAACGGAAAAUAUUCAGACUAUCCCACCACCGUACAUAGUACGAAUGAUCCUGGUCUACAUUCGAACACCCUGCCAUCCACAGUCUAUUUCCAUCGAGCGGAUCAACAAAAUUCUGCAAUCUCCUUACUUCUUCUUUGACACUAUUUACAUUCACAACGGCACUGAGGAAAUGGAUGAAGACUCUAGCUGCAAGGAAGUUUGUUUGUUUUUCAAUAACUUGGACACAAAGGGCACCAGCUACAAGUACGAUGUGUCACUGACCGGACAGGCUGUGGAGUUGCACAACUGCAUGGCCAAGUUACUCGCACACCCACUGCAGAGGCCAGUCCAAACACACGCAGUUUAUAGCCUGCUUGAAGACGAGGAAGGAGUAGAAGUAGAAGCAACUGUUUGACAGGGAACAUGACGAGGGAAGUGAAUUCAGAUUCUCUCUCUGACUGUACAUUAGGGAAGUUUCUACGUGGGUCAGGGUAAUCACACUGUCUUGGUUACGGUUGAUGUGCAUGUGUUUUACUCCAGAACGACCUAGAUAGUUAAUAAAUCUAGGGAUUCCUUUAGUUGAAACACCAAUAAUGCACAUUCAGCUUUAUCGUGAAGCCGUUUUGCCCCUCCUGUUCCAAGUGGAAUUUUCUGUUUUUUGUGGGUUGAAUUCAGCCUAUAAUAACUGGUGAUACUUUUCUAUGAAACUGGAGAUCAGCACAGUUGAAACAGUGCUGCUACUGAGCAUUGUUGAUAAAUUGACAGCGAAACACAACAGGAUGGAUUUUCACAAAUUGGUACACUUCAACACCAAAGAUAAUCUGGCCUAUUCCCGUGACUAAUGCAGUCACCCCACCCUGGCUGUGUGCAGGGCCAUGCAGUAAUGGACCUGAAUCCACAAUGCUCUUGAAGAAGAGCAAUGGAAUGCAGACCAGUCUCCAGUCCAAUGUUUAUCCAUCAACCAGCAUCAAUUUAAAAAAAAUAUAUAUUCUGUCCCCAGUGAUUUUGCCAAUGGGAUGUUGUUGUGCUGAAGGUUGCUGCCACGUUUCUGCACAUGAAAACAGUGACCGUGCUUGAAUGGCUCUAAAAGUGCUUUUAUGUAGGUGCCUGACCCUGUAACUCCAGCGAAAUCUGGCUUUGGCUAGAUGUGUCAUUUGCUGCCACCUUGGGUACUCAUGUAUUGAGGGGUUUUCCUUGCUGUCACAUUGAGGUUGAGCUGUCGCAUGAAGAGGAUCCUCACUUCCCCGUAGACUGCAGAUUGCAUUGGAAAGUUUUGCCUUCAGGAUCUUCUCCAGAGACUUGACCUCAUAACUUCACCCCUGAAGGAACGCUGUAUCUGGUUAGGAUAUGAUGUUUGGCCAGGAUCUUGACUGAAAUAGGCAGUCAGUUUUAAAGAUUUGAUGGGACUAUUGGGCAAAGAACAUGGGGGCAUCUGACAUCCAGCUCACUCCUAAAACAUGCAAACCAGGCGAUGAUUCAUUCUGAUAUGUUUGUGACGUUACGGUGCAUCAUGGCUGCUGGGUUGACGAAUUCAUUAGACAGAGUUUUCAAGUGGUUUAAAACGCAAGAGCACUGUAAAUAAAUUGUAUUGAAGGAAAACAAUCAUUACUAAUUUCUGUUUGCUUUCAACAAGGAAAUAAAGCUACUGAAAGUG